GAGCCUCAGUAUGCAGAGGGACCCCCCCUCACCUGGAGCCAUGUUCGUCAGUUACCUGCAGCUGGAUAAAGAACCCCCCAUGUACCCGCACCAGAACCCGGGCACCCGACACCCGGGGCUCGGCCUCAGCCCGCAGAGCUUCCCGGUGUCCGCCCCGCCUCAGUACUCUGACUUCGGCUACCACCACCACCACCACCACGGCCUCAGCAACGACCCGCACCCGGUGCAGCAGGCCGGGCCGGGCGCUGGUGGCUGGAGCCCGGCCUACCCCCCACCUCCUCCGGCCACCCGGGACGACUGGUCCACCCAUCACUACGGACACCAGGCCGCCGCCGCCGCCGCAGCAGCGGCCGCGGCUGCCGGGGGAGGUCCCGCUUCGUCCUCGUUGCCCGGAGCGGUGGGUCCCCCCCUGGGGUUCAGCCCCCCGGAGUUCCCCGGGCAGCCUCCAGCGCUGCUGCCCGGAGCGGGGCAGCUGUCCCCCGGGUCCCCGCUGAGGAGGAACCCGUACGACUGGAUCCGCCGCUCCUCCGCUCCGCCCGCCAAUCCAAACGGAAAGACUCGGACCAAAGACAAGUACCGCGUGGUUUACACCGACCACCAGCGUCUGGAGCUAGAGAAGGAGUUCCACUACAGCAGAUACAUCACCAUCCGGAGGAAGGCGGAGCUCGCCACAGCGCUUAGCCUCUCGGAGAGACAGGUGAAGAUCUGGUUCCAGAAUCGACGGGCGAAGGAACGUAAGAUCAACAAGAAGAAGCUGCAGCAGCCCGCCUCCUCCACGACCGCGCCCACCCCGCCCAACGGGAGCAGUGGCAGCGGAGGAGGAGGAGGAGGAGGAGGAGGAGGAGGAGGAGGGGGAGGGGGAGGCGGUUUCCAUAGAAACGGAGGCAGCAGUGUCCCCAUGGUGACGAGCAGCAGCGGGAUGGUGUCCCCCUCGUCGCUGCCUCUAAACAUCAAAGAGGAGUACUGA